UAGAACACUGGGAUCUAAUGAAUGAGUCUGAGAAGCAAGAUCUGAUUCCCGAAAUAUGGGAAGGUCACAACAUAGCUGAUUACAUCGAUCCUGAAAUUAUGCAGAAAUUGCAACAGCUUGAAAAAGAAGAAGAAUUGAAACAAAUGGCAGGUGAAUAUGAUUCAGAUUCUGAGAGUGAGGAUGAAGAAAUGAAAGACAUUAGGAAGUUGGCCAGUCAAAUCAGAGAAAAGAAAAAAAUGCAAAUCUUGAUAUCCAGAGAGAAACAAACAAAAAAGGGUCCCAAGAUGCCAAGAACUGCUAAAAAGAUUGAACGAAAAACUUUGGAAAAGGAAAUGGGAUCGCUUGGCUUAGAUAUGGAUGACAAAGAUGAUGCACACUAUGCUGUGCAAGCUCGACGAUCUAGAAGUGUCACCAGAAAACGUAAACGUGAGGAAUCUCAACCACCAACAUCUAAAGUCCGCAUUCGGAGUACUUCGCGCACUCCACGUGAUCUUUCUGGUGUGCGUGAUGAAAAGAUGUUGAAGAAGGUUAAAAAGAUGAUGAAGAACUCCCAACUGGACAUGAAUCGCAUGGGAAAGAAAGGAGAGGCUGACCGACACGUAUUUGAUCUUAAACCAAAGCAUCUGUUAGCUGGCAAGCGAAAAAUGGGUAGAACAGACCGUCGAUGAACUAAAAGGAGGAUGCCCGCUCUAAAUUGCAGGACUGUGUUCAAUUUGCAACCCGUCAGAAAAGAAGCUACAAAGCAUCUUGAUUUACACAUGAUAGAAGAACCGAGUGAGAGAAGAUUUUGAACAUAGGAAAUAUCUUGUCAAAAAUAUAAUUGUACUUUUGAAAAGAAUGAAUCUGAAUGUUAAAUUUGAGCUUUGUUGCUCAUUCAAGGAUAUGGUUUCUGAACUCAAGCAAUAAUGUAUAAGAAACAUUUUUCGAAACUGAAUUAGUAUGCUCUUGGAAGGUCUGACAAAAUCCUACUUUGAAAAGUUGCUGAAUGCUGCCAAAUAUCUGCAGGUGUCGUCAGUUUGAUUAUCUGAAUCCAGUUUUAGCAAUGUGCAUUGUAAAUGGAAUUAUCAGUUCUUGCAUUAGUAAACAAGAUGUAAUUUGUGUUCAUUAAAUGGAUUUGAGUUUAAAA